UGCAGAAAAGCCUUUGCCGUAUCUACGCGCGCCUGUGUUCGUGUUUGAUCGCAAACAGUGGGGGACUUUCAAGUUGUCUUCUGAUUCUCCAGUUCGCACUGAAGCUUGAUGGUGGUCUGGAAUAUAGCUAAAGCAGUCUAAAUUUAGACCAAGUCAGCAGGACGCUGUUAAGAAGCUAAUCUGAGAUGGGUGCUGGGGGUCAGGCGGUGUUACGAUGCUGGUGGUGCAGUUGCUGAGAGGUGCACUGAAGCAUGCUGGGAACAGGUCCGCAGGUUUUGUGAGAUCACAUGCUUCAUCCAGCACCAAUGGUGACCGACCCAAAGUCCUCAUCACUGGAGGACUUGGACAGCUGGGAGUGGGGCUUGCUAUGUCGUUGAGGAGGCGAUUUGGAAAAAACAACGUGAUCCUCUCUGAUAUCCGGAAACCCCCCAACAAUAUCUACAAUAAUGGUCCAUUCAUCUUCUCUGACAUUUUGGACUAUAAGAACCUCAGGGAGAUUGUGGUCAACAAUAACAUCAGCUGGCUGGUUCAUUACUCGGCUGUAUUGUCCGCUGUGGGAGAGAACAACGUGGCUCUGGCUAAAGAGGUCAACAUCACAGGUCUCCAUAACAUAUUAGACAUCGCCACCGAGCACGGUCUGCGUGUGUUUGUUCCCAGCACAAUCGGUGCCUUCGGUCCAUCCUCCCCUAAAGACCCCACUCCCGAUCUGUGUGUGCAGAGGCCGCGCACCAUUUACGGUGUAUCCAAAGUCCACGCAGAGCUGAUGGGUGAGUACUACCACCACAGGUAUGGGCUGGAUUUCCGCUGUCUCAGGUAUCCAGGCAUCAUCUCAGCUGACUCCCAGCCUGGAGGAGGAACCACAGAUUAUGCUGUCCAAAUCUUUCACGCAGCUGUGAAGAUCGGUCACUUUGAGUGCAAUCUGCGCAGCAACACACAGCUUCCUAUGAUGUACAUCGAUGACUGUGUUAGGGCCACUCUGGAGUUCUUGGAGGCUCCGGCUGACGCGCUCAUCAGCCGCACCUACAACAUCAAUGCCAUGAGCUUCACUCCACAGGACCUCACCCAUGAGAUCCAGAAAGUCCUGCCUGACCUCAAGGUCACCUACAAUGUGGAUCCUGUCCGGCAGGGUAUCGCGGACGACUGGCCCAAGGCGCUCGAGGACAGCGCAGCGAGACAGGACUGGGGCUGGAAGCACAAGUAUGACCUUCCAGAGAUGGUGCAGGCCAUGCUUACUCACAUCACUCUGGGAAACAAGCUGGCACGAGACUUCUAAACAGUUUGCAGCAUUUUCGUAGCAACUGGACACAAAGCUUUAUUUAAAAAUUUAAUGUGACAUUUAGGAUUUAAGACAUUUUUUCAGCCUUAACUAUUAAACUUUUUAAAAAGUUCCAAAAAAGGAAGUGAGGGCCUGUUGUCUAUACGUAGAUUGAUGUUUUAGUUGGAAGAAAUCUUUGGCAUGAUCCCAAAUCUUUCAGUUCUUGACAAGUUAGCCACAGUCACAGUCAACCCUAGAUGGGAUUGGUGCACUGAUCAUCACUUCAGUUAAACCCGUCACAGUGACGUAAAAUCAGCUGCAGAGGGCAUCCGGUGCCACACGCAGAGAAAAUGCAGAAAUUGUCUGCAGACGUCGGGCCGUGUCUGGAGAACAAGUUUCUAAAAAUUAGUUCCUGUCUUAUUUUUGGCUGCGGACAGGAACGCACGUGAUGAGCACUUGAGCCUGCGAUCAGUCUGCAGCUUCUGCCAGCUCAGCGACGAUUGCUCCACAUACAUCACGCAGCAUGAGAAAGAUGGUAUUAUUGCCACUCUAAGCCCUUACAUCAAACCUGUGUAGCUGUCACCAGUUGCCAGGUGUUGAAGGGUGAUGGCAAACCUCAGCCCAGGAUCCAGUGGCUUCCUGUAAUUUGUGCAAUGCUUUUCAAUUCUGGGCUCCAGUCUUCUCAGCAGCUCACAGAAUGUGGUUGGAUACAUGGAGCUGAUGAAGCCACUCUCGUCUUCAGCAUGUAGUUCCCUCAUCAGCCUCCCAUAUUGCCCAGUACAUCCUGACGCAGCGAUCUGCUCUUUGCAAGUCUCCGCCGCUGCACACAGAUGUCCACCACCUCGCCGCUGUGCGUGUUUUGCACGCGUCACACACCAUCAGGUCACGUGGUGCACGCUAUCGAUUGUUUACAUUUCCCAUUCACCACGAGUUUCUGUGGAUUGCUCGCGGUCGUUCGUCCGCCGCCCUCCGCAGGAUUCUUGGGGUCAGUAUGACAGGGGGCUUAUAAGGGAAUAAUUCACAUCAUAUUAGCAUGCGAUGUUGAAAAAAGAGAAAAGUUCAACAUGCAAUGGUACGUGUCGCUCUUCCCUGCAGAAACUCUUGUUAGGUUUCAACUUUGCAAGCUCCCAUUCCGGUUGACCUUUGAUCUUUUUGGCAGCAUAGAGAGAAUGGGCCUCAGGUCCUACAUAAACUUUCAAGGUCCUAAAUACAUACCAAGACUCUAAAAAGCAUGAAUGAAAUUGAGAUUUUAACAAUAUAUUUGUCAAAAGGCAAAAAAAAAGGCAUUCCUACUGAACCAUCAACCUCAUCUCUCUCUGUGAAUCCAUCCAGCACCUUUAAGAGUUAAGUUCUCUUUCUGAACGUAUCACGUCUACCAGCCUGCUGUGCUGAGCGGCUUAAAACCAGCUAGGUAGAGCUGCACUCCGUUUACCAGUGUGAACUGUACUCCUAAGUGCUGAAACAGUGGUGCAGGUAACUGUAAAAACAGUAACCCCACACAGUAGUACUGCAGGGAUAUUUUUUGGUGCUUAAACAGUGUUUGCCUGCUGCGAUCUUCUGAGCAGGAAAAGAAAACUAGCGAUGUUUUAGGCCUUAAAAUACGUGCAUUAAAGAUGCUGCUUGAUCUUUGCACUGGUGUGAUUUUAUUUAUGUAUUUAUAUGUUUUGUUUUGUUUUGUUUUGUUUUUUUAACUGUUUUCUGUCUAGAAGCUGUGGUUUCUCUGCUAAGCUUUAAUGAAUGUUGAAUGGAUUAAUGCAUCAGUAUGAAUUUAAGCAGAGCUCUUCUGUUGUGGUGCUGUGCAGAAAGAAGGGUGUGGAUGGCCUAUUAAUGUUUGUUUAUAAGCUGUUCUUUCAGAAUUAUUG